AUGUCGGCAUCAAGGACCAGCCCAUCAUGGCUGUUGACACUCUUCACCGUCUUGACCGUGCUGUCCGCACAGGCACGCGCACUCCACGUAUACAUGGAAGGCCAGCAACGAAAGUGCUUCUUUGAAGAAUUGCCCAAGGAUACAUUGGUUGUCGGGACAUACAAGGCCGAAAUCCUAAACAGAGAAUCGAAUACCUGGAUCCAGGAUUCCUCGCUCCAAGUCCUCAUCACCGUCGAAGAAACCUUCGACAACGAUCACCGAGUUGUCUCGCAGCGCACACCUAGCGACGGCCGCUUCACAUUUACUGCCGCCGACGCUGGUCAACACAGGAUCUGCUUUACUCCCGACUCGCAAAGUCAAGGAUGGCUCUCAAGUGCGCCCACCGUGAAGUUGGCUUUGGACAUUGCUAUCGGCGCUACCAGCAAGAUUGAAAGUGAGGACUCUGGAAAGAUUUCGGAUAUUACACAAAGAGUGAAGGAUCUCAAUAGUCGAUUGGAGGAUAUUCGUCGUGAACAAGUAUUCCAGCGGGAGCGAGAAGCCGAGUUCCGUGAUCAAUCCGAAGCUACCAACUCUCGUGUCGUCCGCUGGUCUCUGAUUCAACUAGCCGUCCUUGCAAUUACCUGUGCAUGGCAGUUGUCGCAUCUCCGAUCCUUCUUUAUCAAGCAGAAGUUGACUUGA